UGGCACUAACUUCCCUAAGCGCUCUUUUUUUCAUUUCACCUUCUUCAGCUUUAUAUUACUGCUUUCUUUUUAGAAAAUCUCGUGAGAUAAGAUGAGCAUAGUUAAGGGUUUCAGAUUCCACCCAACUGAUGAAGAACUCAUCGAGUUUCUGCAGAUCAAAACCUCCGACCCUGAUUAUGAUGUCCAAGUUAUUGAUGAAGUCCCCGACAUCUGCCAGUGGGAGCCUCGGCAACUAGCUGAGAUAUCGAAGCUGCAGGCUGGGGACCGAUUAUGGUAUUUUAUAUACUCACCAAGAUAUAAGUACCGAAAUAGUAAACGGAUUAACCGGACAACCCGUCACGGUUACUGGAAACCUACGGGCAAUGCUCGUGAAGUUAUAGACCCUAAAACAGGGGAGUUGAUUGGCACCAAGAAGACCUUGGUUUACUAUGAAGGUCAAUGUAAUGAUGGAAACAAAAUCAAGACUUGUUGGGUUACGCAUGAGUAUGAACUCAAGGCUGACCCUAAUUCCAUCGACACUGAUCAUAAAACUUUCAAACUUUGCAAACUGAAGCGAAGGAUUGAUGUUUCGAGCACUGAUGCUGGUCAAUCAGGUCAGCACAAUGAAGGUUAUGGUGUUCCUGAUCGAUCCGGUAGCGUUGAUAUCUGUGCCGGAGAAAGAAGCAAUCAGCAUAAUAUGGUUGCUGAGGAUGCAGUCUCUCACUUAUUAUCUAGUUUGAUAAAUCCUAUUGUUGAGGAUAUGAUUCCGAAAGAAACUUUACACCUUAAAGAGAUGUUAAAGGAAUGCAACGGACCUGAAGACAAUAAUGGUUUUCAAAAAAUGUAUGACACCUUUGAAAAGGAACUGAGCAAUUCAGCUCUUACUGAUGGUGAUGAUGAAACCAUCACCAUGGAAAGAAGUGCAUCUAAGCCAUUCGAAGUGCCUUCAAGCUUCGGGAUGCCUCUUGCCGAUGACAAUUUAACUCCAAUUGACUUUCCAUACGAUGAUGGAAUAUCGUUUGAUGAGCUAUUAAAACAACCAGAGGCAACUAAUGGCUCUAAUUGGAAGAAAGAUCAAUAUAUCACCAACAUAGAAGAUGAGUUCUUGAAUCCAUUUUUUGUUGAAAAUGAAGAUUUCAGCUGGCUGUGUUUAGAUGUGAUGGAACCAUCAGAUUCAAUCGAAAGACCUAGAAAAAUACCGCGUCUUCUGCAUGACAGUCAUGUAGAAACCGCAGAUGCUCAAGUCGGUGGAAACAUCACAUACCGGCAGUAACAAAGAGCUAGACAUGCUCAAAAUAAAUAUUAGCAAACACAGCAGAAAGUAAAGAAUGUUCCCUUUUUGUUUUGCUUUUUUGCUUGUUUGAUCGUUUAAGGGUUUUAAGACUGUAAAAUAAGAUUUACAGGUGAUAUUAUGUGUGACCCAAUGUUGGCCACCUAAGCAAAGGAUUAAUGCUUCUUCUGAAA